UGAUGAUGUUUAUGUCCCAAAACAAGAAUUGUCUACUUUCCUCGUAUUAAGGUCUAUAAAUUCAUCAUGGAAAUCAACUAUGUUUUCUUGCUCAAACUCCUCUUGGGCCUAUUUUCUUUUUCAAGUUUGGGAAGAGCUGAUCCGGAGCCGCUUAAUGAUUAUUGCGUCGCGGAUACAAAACAUCCCCGUGAUUUCUUCUCAAAUGGUGUACCAUGCAUCAAUCCAGAUCACGCAUUGGCAUCCCAUUUUGCCACGUCUGCCUUGUCCGAGCCUGGUAAUAUGAAUCAAUUUAACUUCAACGUUACUCUUACCAACACCAACAACCUACCAGGGCUCAACACUCUUGGUUUAGUCCUAGCACGUAUCGACAUUGCAGUUAACGGUCUCGUCCCACCCCACGCCCACCCUCGAGCCUCGGAGGUGACCAUUCUGCUCGAGGGCUCCCUCUUGGUCGGUUUUGUAGACACCUCGAAUCGCCUCCACACUCAACAACUACGCCGUCCUGGUGAUUGUUUCGUAUUCCCAAAAGGCCUAAUUCAUUUCUUGUACAAUACAGACUUUAUGAGGCCAGCACUUGCUGUAUCGGGGCUGAGCAGCCAAAACCCAGGUGCCCAAAUUUCGUCUGUUGCCACAUUCACAUCGAACCCUCCAAUGCCUGACGAUGUUUUGAAGAAGGGGUUCAAGGUAACUGGCCAAGAUGUCAUUAAAAUUAGGAGGAACCUAGGAGGAUAAAACAACCAUUUUUAUGCCUUUAUAUUUGAAAUAUUGAUACUCCCCAUGUUUUAAUUUGUCUAAUAAUUGUAAUUUAGUGUUCUAGAAAAUAAAGUUUGGUAGGACAAUGUGCAUUGAAUAGGCAUAAAUAAUAGGUAUAAAUGGACAUGCCAACGGUCAUAAUUUGUUUGAAUUUCUUUACUCA